UGUAUAAAAUAGUACGUAAACGUUAAGUGUUAAGUGACUGAACUAUAAAUUGAAGUGUGAUUUGUGGAAAAAAAUGCUCGUUUGUAUGUAAUGCGCACUUUAAUAGUUUAAUAUUUCAAUUCCUAUCGAUUAAAUUAUUAUUGUUCAUAUAACUACAGCGGAAUCGGUUAGUAAGACUAUACUAAGACGACUUCAAAAUGAACCCAAACGUAAACGAAGAAGAUACUAAAUAUUGUUUCAACUGGUAUUUGUUAUUAUUGUUUUAGCCGAAGAAAUAUUCCACUUGUUAACCAUGUAAUGCACACUGCAUACUGUCACCGUAACCUGAAGCUUUGCAUGAAGUGUGAUGAACCAUUCCUAACUUCAGAGUAUGAAGAGCAUCAAAAAACUAUGCACUCGGUUAUUUUUUGCGAUGCCUGUUCUGAAACACUUGAAGCAAUUGAUUUAGAAUCACAUAAAUUAAACGAUUGUCGUCACCGUAUGCAAACAUGUAAAUAUUGUGAGAUUGAUGUUGAAGCUUUCUCAUUACCUGCUCAUACAGAUGUGUGCAGUAGUCGUACAGAACUCUGUAAAAGUUGUGGACAAUUUAUAAUGCUGAAGUAUUUGGCUUUACAUCAAGAAUCCCAUGAACGCAAAGAAUUACUUAAUGCUGCAAAACCAGUAAUAGACGACAGUCCAAGCAGUUUGGCCGCAUAUCCGCCAUUAAUAAAAAAAGUGCCGAACAUUGCAGUAACUGCAAGACCAACAACAAGAACUACUAGCAUGCCCACGUUGAGACUACAUGAACCAAUUAUGACUAAUAACAGGGUUACGCCACCAGUCAAACGCAACAACGAUCAACCUCAAAUUAAUACUCACAGCAAUAAUGAUAACACACACAAAGAUCCAAAAAAGAAUAUGCCAAUAGUAGACACUCCAAGUGAUCUAGACGAUGACGAUGAUGAAUUUCCUGUACUUGGUGCCUAUUCAAUUCCUAAUAACCAUUCUACAAAAAUCAAUAACCAAUUAACAAAUGAGUAUAACAAUUUUUCCGAUGCAUUUAAUAGUGUAAAACUACCAUGCGAGUUUUGCCUUGAAAUGAUUGAUUCAGAAAAUCUUGUUUUACACGAAACUGGAUGUCGUCCUGAUUUGGCAACAUUUCAUAAUGUUUUGCAAACAAAUAAAAAUACCAAUGGCGAGAAUAAUAUGUUUCCAAUACCACCUAAUGACUUGGAUACUUCUAGCAGCAGUGGAGACAGUGAGCUUAAUUUGAAUACAUUGAGUUUGAGUUCAGAAGAUGAAGAUGAUAGUGAAAAAAUCAAUGUUGAGAAAUUGCCUUGUGAAUUCUGUGAAAAAUUAAUAUCUAUUAAGAAGUUUUUAAACCAUCAAUGGAGAUGCGAAAAACUACAUUUGGAUUUACCUGUGAUAAAUAAUUUUGAUAAAGAUGUAUAUUCACAACAACGUGAACAACGUAUUAAUAUGACUACAAUGUUCCCGAAAUCAGUUAACUUACUUGAAACUCAGCGUAAUCAAUUGAAACCAACAUCUAGUAAUAAUGCUUCAGCUAAUCUAUCUAGUAGAACAUUGAUGUUGAGAAACUCUGAUGCUAAUGCUCAAUCUUCAGCAUCAUCAACUUAUGAUCCACAAAUGAGACAGAUACUACCACGAGUUAAACUAAAUAGACAAAAUCCAAAUAGACCUAACAUACCUAUGGAUAACCGUUAUAUGAACAACUCUGCUCGUAACAAUUAUGUACAGUUUAUAUCCAAUUCAAGAUUAAAUCAUCCAGAGCAGACUUCCACGAUUAAUAAUUCUCCUGUAUACCUAAACCCAUCUAGUGGUGCUAUACCAAAACAGAAAAAUAAGAAGUCAAACAAUAACAGGAAAAUUAUAAAAAAUAACUUAUCGAAACGUAAAGGUUCUGAAUCAUCAAGUGACUGAAUGGUGGUAUUCAGUUUCCUUUAUUUUAAUUAUUAUUUAUAUUUUUAAGAAGACUACAACUAGUGAAAUUUAUGUUAUCUUAAGUAUUAAAAGUUUUUUUCUUGACUUGAUUUUAACAUAUCCUAAUAAUUUGCUUUUUAUAAACAUAAAGAUGUUAAAUAAAAUAAUAAAGAGAAAUGAAAUGAUUUGCA